AUGGCUUCUUUGGUAUUCAUAAUAACUUUUCUCUUGAUGGCGCUUCAGUUGAAAUCUAUUCCUGCCGAAAACAUCACGGAAGAUGAUGAGAUGAUAAUGGAUGAUUUAAGGAAAACUGAAAUGUGUCCAGAUACUAUCAAAGUCAGGUGGGAUGAGUUCCUUGCUCGAGAACCCCACGUGAUUAAACAAGUCAGCGGUAAUGAAACUUCCUACGAUGGGUUGUUUCCAUGUGAGUAAAAUAAACUCAUACACAAAGAGCUAAAAAGGAGGAUUUCUGAGGCUUUCACGACUCAAAGCAAUUUCUGGGGGCGAAAAAUCUAAAACGUGUAAACAAAUAUUUUUGAAAUCCUAUGGAUCUGUGAUAGAAAGUCAGGGAGCUUUGUAUGCCCUGUGAAGCUUCAAGCGCUUCUCUCAAACUUCGAUAUGAGUUUAAUCAGUGCAUUUGGUCAAACGAAAGCAGAGGAGGUUAGGCUAAAGCUAGAAUAAAUAAGGAUGAGCAAUUAGAACAGAGAAAGUUAUCAUGAUUUCCUCACAACUUCCUUAAAUUUGUUGAUAGAAGACUAGGCAUGUAGCUAGUAAACAGAGAGGUCAAUUUUAUCGCACCAAUAUUUUAUAGCAGACGUCUCACUGUUUAAAUACAAUUACACUUCUUUUCCUCCAAUAAUGAUCUUAUCUGCGAUCCAUUAUACAUUUAUCACGAUUCUUUGCCAUAAGGGAAACUUAAUUUUAUAGCAGAGAAACACUUUUCUUAAAAGAAGCACCACCUUGUUCUCCGCUUACUGAAAACCAGAGUCUCAUUGACUGAUCUUUGAUGAAACACACUCGUAAAUCCGUGCCAAUGGACGAAAGUAUAAUCCUUGAGCGCCGUGUAAAUUAUUCGUUUGGGGUAUUGUCACAUAAUCUUAACCAUGGACAUUGUUGUUUUCGAUUCCGUGCCCAAGGGCUUCGCUAUGGCAGAGUGAUUCACUACACUAACUCUAAGAAACUUUCUAUUCCAGUAAACUUGGUUUUUAUGAUAUCAAGCUGUUGUUCAUCAACUGUGAUUAAAUAUGUUGACGCGUAUCAGGCUGACAUUGUACUUCCCGUGAUUCUCAACUACAAGGAAAGUGGCCUAAGUUCUCAGAGCAAAGUGGUUCCCAUACUUCCUAACACUGGAGUCGCAUUUGUCGUCAAGAGGGCUGACAGAAAACACCUCCCCAUUAAAAUUUUGUCCUCCAUCUUCAGCUCUUGGCCCGUGCUGGUGUUAACGCUGUUAUUGUCGGUGCUAGCAGGAAUCGUUGCCUGGAUACUGGUUUGUAAAUGUUUCAUAGUUGUCUUAGUAGAUUUUACCUUACAUUCAUAAUUCAUUAUUUUACCAACGACAUACAAAUGUAAUCGCAAUUUCGUUUCUUUUAGCAGGUUUGCCUUCAUUCCUUUUCUCCUGUAUUUCUAUCGUUCUAUUUCUCCCUUUGUUCGUUUGUUUGUACCACAGUACUUAUCUGUCAGUCAGUUUGUCAGUUAGUCUGCCUGUCUGUCUGUCAGUCAUUUGGUCAGUCAUUCUGUCUGUUAGCCUUCUCUCAGUCAGUUAUUGUCAGUAUGUCAGUCAGUCAGUCAUUCUGACUGUCUCUCUGUUUGUCAGUUAUUCAAUCAGUCAGCCUGUCAAUCUGUUAGUCUGCGCGUAGUCGGUCUGUCAGCAAGUAUUUCUAUCUAUUUGUCCGUCUGUCAGUUGUUCAGUCCUUGUUAAUCUGUUAGUCUAAGUGGUCAGUCAGCCAGCAGGCGUGGGUGUCUAUCUAUCUGUGCUUCUAUCCGGCAUCAGUGGUAAACAAUCGAAAUUAUUUCCACAGGAUACUAGGCAAAACACAGAGGAAUUUCCACUGAGCUUCGUUCAAGGAUCAUGGGAAGGCUUUUGGUGGGCUUUUGUGUCCAUGACAACAGUCGGGUAAAACCAUAGAACGCUUACCAUCGGGCCAAUAGUUAGUCACUGUGUCUGUUUUUUUUUCCGAUAUUUUUUGUUGUAAUUCUGUACUCACAAUCUGAAGCAUAACAUUUCCUCCUGACUACCAUUUUGAAAGACGGUACUACAGAGGAUGCUAUGUAAAAUCUUUUGAAAUAUUAGAGCUACUAUUAGUUGUGGUGGAAACGAAGAAAUCUGUCAGCCAUCUUGCAAAUCAUCCAACUUAUUUCUUUACUUCAGAUAUGGUGAUCGCUGCCCAAAGACUAUCUCUGGGAGACUGUUUGCGAUCGUCUGGAUCUUAACUGGGAUUUGCAUGUGUUCCAUCUUCACUGCCAUGCUAACAACCUCUCUAACAACAAUCAGCUUAGACACUAUGAUUCCCCUCCCUCAGGCAAAGGUGAAUUACAAAUUCAGGCCCGUCUUUGAAUACAUCGUAGAGGACAAGCAGCUCAGUGACGGUGUGCUAGACUGCAUAAAAGGAAGUUCAGGGUAGCAUAAUAUCACCGGUUUGGUCAUUGUGUUGUGUGGUUUAGGGGCAAAACACUAACUUCUCUUCUCCACUAAUAAUAAUUGUCAAUGAAAUGUGGGAAGGUAAGCUUAUAGACUUCAGAGUGUUGUCAAAAGCUAAAGAUGACGCAGGCCAUUUUCGUAAUCGAUAGCUUUCAAAGGGUAAAGUAGAGUCUCACUUCCCAUCUAAUAAGUGAUCCUCAAUAAUCAAAACAUCUAUGAGUGUGAAUGUGUAUCCAUCAAGACUGUUAGCUGGGCUUACACUUUACUUGACCCUGACCGAUAAGAUUCAGUGCUAAUGCAAUAUUCACAAAGGAAAUUCUGAGAUGAAUUUCCUUCGUUAACCAAAUCUCGUGAAGAGUAUUUUGGGAUAUUAUACGAUGUAUUUCCACACUUUUGUACAGGUAGCGGCUCUAUUUGGCUCAAUUGAGGCUACGACAGGCUUUCAAAGACAAGCUCAAGUUAGACGUGAGUAAUGCUGACUCUAGCUGUAUUUCAAAACUCCAGAAAUGGAAUUUGCCUGUACUCAUUCCUUAGGUGAGAAUGAUUGCAUGUAGCAAGUGGCCCAUAAAUGGAAUGGUCUAUCAAGCUGGCGACAUAAAAGUAUAUGAACGAAAGGAUGUACUGUUGUAGAAGGUCACAAAUAAUCUAAUAAUGCAUCAAUCACAGCCGUGGAAUUCUACCCAAUCACAGCUGAGCACAACGGCAUAUAGGUGACACGUACUCAAUCGACUUCAUCGUUUGGAGAAGACUAACAGUAUGCAGUCGAAACGUUACGUGAUCACAAACGAUUACAUUUCUCUUUUAAAGGACAGAAUAUAAUGAUUCUCUGAAAAAGUGUAGCGCACAGUUAUCGAUUGAGUUAUCCAUUGCAAUACUCUUGAUCAUGGAAUAACGAUAUCUCUUAAUUUUCCUAAUCCAGGAGUCCACAGCAUUAAAGAGAUCCAAGAAGAAAUUUUGGAAGGGAAAGCCAUAGGUAUAUAUCACUUUGUAUUAAGCAUUAAAAAAACAGACUUUCCUGGAACUAUGAAGUAGAUUACACUCACUUAAUCUUCUCGCUAUCAAAGGAGGACUCAUGGACAGCUUCACCUUGGAUCAUUAUCGAGACUAUUUCCCAGCAAACGAAUUCAAAGUACAAGAAGUCAUCUCUCAAGAAUACCUGGAAUAUGGUGCACUGAUCGAGAACUCUUCACUGGUUAGCCUGGUCAAAUGUUUGAAAAACCUGCGCUUUUCGGAGGAGUCCGAAAUGUAUGAAUACGCUGAGUUGUACAUGGGCAAGUCCAUGAAGGUAAAUGAUUUCCUUGAAGCAAUUUCAACUGGUAUGUCAACAUUUUGUUUUGUUUCUUUUUCCUUUACGUGAUAAAUCAAGUGAGCUUAUUUUUGGUGUUCGUCGCAUUUUGAAGAAGUUUGCAUCGAGGACGGGCAGUCAAUAGAAGGGCCAAGGACGAUAAAAAUGACGUUUGUGUUCUACAGGAACAAACAAACAAACAAACAAACAAACAGACGACUAAUUCACCUAAUUCGUGUGCCCGACUUGUGCACUGUGCGUCAGGGCAAGUGGUCCGCGAUUUUGAAAUCGGUUUGAGUUUGAUAUGGGUUAGAGGCUAUAAAAAACAAACUAGUUUUGAUUGAAUCUCGAGAAAAUAAACGUUUUUCAGCUGACAACAAACAUUUGAUUUACACGAUACGUCUUAUACGCCGUAACCAAAACUGAGAUUUUACAGCGCUGAUAUCAAUGGGUUGGUGAGAGCCGUUAGAGUUGCUUGACUUAAAAAUAUCUUUUUUCUUUGACGAUAGGCGAGUGAAGAAGAAGAGCUCGGGACGAUACAGAUGACCUUCCUCAUUUUAUCGUCAAAUUUGGCGUCAAGAAGUAUAAUGUUUAAGAAAAGAUAAAUUCACCGCCAGCACUUGAAAAACGAAAGAUUUGAAAUAGAUCGUUUUCAAUUGUUUUAUUCUUUCCUUUUUACCUCAGAGUGGCCUAGAGGAGUCAAUGACACCAGGUGAUCAAACAAUAGGUGUAGAUCCAGAAGGUCUACUAUUUUACCCAGCUUUGUUCACUUGUCUGGGGAUUCUCACAUUCUUUCUCAUCUCCGGUGCCACCUGGGAAAUGUGCCGAAGGACACGGAUGCGACAAAAUGAACGAGGAGGUUGGUUUGUUGCGUAA